AUGUCACGCCUCUCGCCCUUCCCGUCUGAAAUGACGUUCCGCACCGAAUCCCGCGCCAGCGACAGGACGUACUACACCUGCGCCUACCAAAGCUUCAACGAUGUCGAGCUUUACGCCCCCGGCUCCCCGCCGUCUCAGAACCCCGUCCACAAACCGGCUCCGGUCCGGACCCCGGCGCCGGCCCAACAACCACAACAACAACAACAACAACAUCAACAUCAACAACACUCCCAGCACAAAGACAAGGACCCUGAGCCGGCAGAGAUGCGCCGGCAGGACUCGGGCUACGAGUCCCUGCCGCCACGCUCCUCCUUCUCCAACCCCCGCCGCACAUCGACCGCAUCGUCCUCCCAGUCCUCCUCCAACAAUAACAACAGCAACAGCCAUUCGGGAUCGCAACCCCGGCCCCGCGGCCGCCCGACCAUCCGCCGCGCGCCCAAGACGAGCCCGUACCCCACGACCGCCCGCACCAGCGGCAGCAGCCUCUAUCGCCCGCAGCCGCACGCCCAGCCGCCCGUGACCUUUUUCCACUUCCCCGCGCACCCGACCGACGUCGAGCUCGCCGCGAGGCGUCCGCGCGAGGACCUCGAGCUCGACCAGCGACGGCUGCUGCCCUCGCCCGGCCGGGUCAGCGGGGAGCAGGAAGGCCCGGAGGAGGAUGCGGCAGGCUGCGCCGAGGUCGCCGCGCCGCUGCCGCCGCAGGCCACGCACUACUGGACCAGCGACCGCACGCGGCGGCUCGAGUACGCCGCCAUCGACGCCGCGAGCCGGGGCGUCAAGGGCUGGGUCCGGAGGCACCUCGUGCCGGACUGCUUCGUCCCCAAGGAGAAGCACGUUGCCUUUGACGAUGACACGGGCAGCGUGCGGCGCUACCGCCUCGAGCUCGACGAGGAGGCGCCCUGCGAGAAGGGCCGGUGCGGAGGCCGCAGGAGGAGCUGGUUCGGCUGGAAGCGUUCCAAGACGGCUUGA